GGCCGUGUGUGAGGGCGCCCGUCUCCCGCGCUUCGGGCGCGGCAGCUGAGGCGGGGAGGGGACGGGAAGGGGCGGCCGGCGUGUCCCGCCGUGUCGGGGAGCCCCGGGUCGGCUCUGCCGAGCUCCUGAGAGGGAGCGGCCGCUCCGGGCUCGGCUCCGCUCCGCCCGGCUCCCGGCGCGGCGCUCGUCCCCUCAGGGGAGCGGCGCCGCCGUCCCCGCUGCCCGCUCCAGCGGCCGUUGCGGCUCGAGGAGGAGCCGCUGCCCGUCCCGCAGACCCCUCGCCUGGGAGCCCGCCAGGCUUAAGUAGCCAAAGAUGAGUCGUGGAUUUUCAGAAAAUAACAACUUCCCAUAUGACAACAAUCAAAUGGUUUUGGAUAUGAUCCUGUGUUCCCUAAUUGGCGUUCCUCAGCCUAUCAACUGGGACAGUGUGGCAAGGCUGGUUCCAGGAUAUACAUCUAAAGAGUGUGCAAAAAGGUUUGAUGAACUAAAAAGCAGUGGAAGUUCACCUGUUGACAACCAGUAUAAUCCCCUGAUGGCUGCUGGUGCGAGUCCUGUGGAAACUUUAGCUACGUACAUCAAAUCUUCCUUGCUCGAUACACAGACAGAGUUUCAGGAGCCUGCUAUUGGGCAGGAUUCCAUUACUAUAACUGGAAGGUCCAGCACAACCUCCACAAGGAAUUGUUCUUCAGAAUCUGAGAAAGGUCCUGUGCAUAAAGUUGGAGAAAGCACUGACGAAAGCCAGGGGCCAAAUAUGGUGAUCCAUGUGUGCGAUGAAGCAAAAAACCUCAAAGAAGAUUUUGUGUGUCCUCGAGACCUUUUGAUUUCAGAAAUGAAAUACUUUGCUGAAUAUCUGUCAGUGGAUGCCCAGCGCUGGGAAGAGGUGGACAUUUCGGUGCACUGCGACGUUCACAUCUUUGACUGGUUGAUAAGAUAUGUUAAAAGGAACACCAAAGAUUCUGAAGCUAAUGAAAUGCCCACUUUAGAACCAUCAAAUGUCAUAUCAAUUCUUAUUUCUUCUGAGUUUUUGAAGAUGGAUUCAUUAGUAGAAAAGUGUAUUCAUUAUUGUCACAAAAACAUGAACGCUAUUGUAGCCACGCCGUGUAACAUGAAUUGUAUCAAUGCUAAUCUUGUCACUCACAUUGCUGAUCUUUUCACACACAAUGAAGUGGAAGAGUUGAAGGACAAAAGGGACAAAUUUAAGAGUAAACUUUUCUGCAAGAAGAUUGAGAGGCUGUUUGAUCCAGACUACCUAAAUCCAGAUUCUCGAGGAAAUGCAGCAACAUUAUACAGGUAUGGUCUUUUUCUAUUACUACUUCAGUCGCAAGGACAGUCCCUGUGUUUCAAAGUCCUGCUCUUACUCCAGUACUGCCUUUUUCUUCUUUUUUUUUUUUUCCAAAUAUCUAGGUGUUGUUUAUGUAAAAAGCUGCUAACUAAAGAAACUGAAAGAAGAAUUCCUUGUGUACCAGGAAAAAUCAACAUAGAUCAACAUGGGAAUAUUGUCUAUGUUCAUAUAAGAGACAAAACCUGGGAAGUUCACGAGUAUUUAAUUGGCCUUCAUGAGGAAUUGAAAUCUUGGCGGGAUGUUUAUUGGCGUCUUUGGGGGACCGUCAAUUGGUUGACCUGCUCAAGAUGUAACCAAUCUUUCCUGUGUACUGAAUUUUCCCAUUGCCAGUACCAUUCGCAGCCAGUUCUUUAUCCAGGUGUAGCAAGUGCUCUGGGCUCGACUGGGACAGGAGUAUAUCCCUGUUGUAACCAAAAAGUACUUCGAUUUGAUCCUACAACCCUCCCAAAGGGCUGCAAAGUGAGGGAUCACGUGGUUGAUUUACCUUCAGGAAAUGAAGACGGGGAUGCUUUGCCAUCUCAAACUACUAAAAUAUUGAAUGAUCUGCUUCAUCACAGAGAUGUUAUUGUUGUUCCUUUCACUAAGGAUGAGAAUAGUGAUUCCGGUAUUGGGCUCUGUGAUGAAAAAGGCAUUGAAUGUGAUGUGCUUGUAGAACCAAAUACGCCGUGGGGUCCCAAAACUGGAGAAAUCAAUGCUUUUCUUUCUCUGAAGAACUGGACUUUACAGCUGAAACAGCAGUCAUUGUUAUCUGAAGAGGAGGAGUACACCACUGGCUCAGAGGUCACUGAAGAUGAAGUGGGGGAUGAAGAAGAAGUAUGCAGGAAACCAGCUGGGAGAAAGGAGAAAUUGAAGAAAUCCUACAAGCACCCAAAGAAAGUUGUUUCUUCACCUAGUGUCCAGAAAAAGGAGAAGCCAUCUGACAAGUCAAGUUCCCGAGAUGCAUCUCCAUUCAUUGUGAGUAUGCAGCAGAACAAAUGGGAUGCCUCCAGGUCACUAAGAUUCAACCAAGAUGCUCAAAGAGAAGACGAUCAGAGAAGAAUGUCUGAGAUUACAGGGCACUUAAUAAAAAUGAGACUGGGAGACCUUGAUCGAGUCAAGUCGAAAGACAGCAAAGAAUAUGCAGGAGGCAUUUAUUCUAGACUUGAAGCUCAGAUAAAGGCCUCAGCACAGGCCAGUGCACGACAAAACAACGCUGAGAAGAAUGCCAGGUCAAAAUCCCGUUUUGGUCAAGGCCGUCCAACAUAAGGACUCAUGAAAAAACUUUAGCCAGAACAUAUUACUGCUUCCUGAGACUGUACUGCACUCUGACGUAUGGAGAAUGCACAUCUCUGAAAGCUUUCCAGUUGACUUAUUUAUUACUUUAAGCCUUGUAAAUUAUUUUGUGCGAUAAAUGAUUGCAAAUCCAAUAAGGUCUGUACUUAUUUUAAUUGUAAAUAUACGAUUUCUUAAAUUUAAUUGCUUUUUUUUAGGCUAUUAUGUUAAGUUGCAUAGAAAAUAUUUUAUGAAUCUACAAAGUUAAAUUAUCAGACUAACUUUAUUUAUGGGGGAAGACAUAAAUAUGCCUUUUAGUAUGCUAGAAUACUGAAAAGGAAAAAGCAAGACUACUGAAUUCUGAAUACAGUCAGCAGCAUUAACACAAGUCGCCUAGAGUAUUUAUAUUGUGCAGUAUUUGAUAGUACAUUUUAGGUCAGUCUUCUGGGGAUUUGCAUUUAAAGUCCGUGAUGAUACCUGUGACUUAGACUAGCUUAAUUAAUGCAGUUCUGAGGCUUCCUUCUGCACAUCACACAACUCCCAUUGGUGUGAAGGUGGGCAGCAGGUAGAGACUAGACCUCCAAAGAUUAUAUAAAUGCCACGAUGGUGCAGUAUUGCAUCUUGCAUGUGAAACACUUGCUUUACUUGUGUGUGAAAUUAAUACUCAUUCCCAUUCCACAUCUGACUCCUCUUGCACAAUACGCUAUUUUGUUCCCUUCUAAUAUCCAGACCUUAGGGUGCGAAGCAGUUCUGUCUCUUAAUGAUGCUGUGCCACUUAAUUUCUGAGCAGAUAUGCUGUAAUUCUGCAUCUAUUAACAGAGAUGAAUCAUUAUGAAGAAUUGUGCAUGUACAUCUUUUGGGUCUAGUUACUUUCUGAAACCUGCCUGCAUAACAGUUUAGAAGUCAGAUGCACUUUCAAGUUCUGUAUUUGGAGCAAUAGAAUACAAGUUUGUCUACAUAUAAAAUCCAGGGCUACCAAAACGAAAUAACUUGCCUAGAAAAUAUGUCACAUAUUAGCAAAGAAAAUGGCAAUAAUGGCAAUAAUAAUGGCUGAAUUCAAGUAAACAUGUUCUGACUUUUUGAAACAGGUAGAAAGCGCGCUCAGGGAAAGCUUAUUCCAGACCACGGCUGUACAAUAAAUUGUGAGUUUGGGAUUAAGUCAGCAAGAUCCUGGGUAGGAGGGUGGGGUGGGGUAAGGAGAGGGAGAUCAUUGUUUAAAUGCGCUCUUCUCUCCAUUCAGGCUUUUUUUGUUUGUCUUGUUUCUCGAGGAUUUUCAAUAGGCUUUAGAAAACUAGGAUAGCAAUACUUGAAAAGACUGCAUUCAAGGUGGAACACUUUUAUUGAAACAAUUAAAAAUGAAUGUUGUCUACUGUGUGUUUUGUCUGAUGCUGUAGCAAAUUUGGAGGCCAAUGAAACCAACAGGCAAAACUGUGGAUUUCGAUGGCUUUGAUUUUGGGCAGGAGCGGUAACUUUGCAGGAGUGCUUUAAUCUGUAUCAAAUAAAUAAGGCUUUAUUAAUGCCUCGGGUCCGUUUGCGAUUAGUAAUGCAGUUUUAAGCACUUACAGUAAACACUGGAAGACUGCUUGUUGUUUGUUGAAAGAGGAAGUAUUAUAAAGUCCACCGUGUAUGAAAAUGCAGUAGAAGUAAGUGUUUUGCUACAAUUUUGUGACUUCUGCUAGAGGAUUGUUCCAAAUUCCCAUGGUAAACUUUGCUAUGGAAGUUGCAGGCUGCAUGUAUGUGUUUAGUUUUCAUAGCACUACUGACUAGAAGAAAAGGGAAAAUUCCGAUGGUUUUGUUCUGUGAGAAAGUGCCAGUUCUACGUGCCAGUAUUGUUUUGUUCAAAAAUAUUUUUGAGCAUAUAAAAAUAACGUACAUGAUAUGCAGUCUAUCUUUUUUUCCCCUUGCCAACCACCUUGAAUUUUUAUCUUGUAUUAAUUUUGAAAAUUUGUC